UUUGACCAUACGACAUGUCGUUUUACCCGACAGAAAAAUAAGAAAAAUGGUGGUGGCAAAUAGAUGUUUGAUCGGAGUUGAGUUUCAGAAGAAAAAUGGGGAUCAGAUUCAUAUUGAUGGUGAACAAACAGGGUCAGACCCGGCUUGCCCAGUACUACGAAUAUCUCACCCUUGAAGAACGACGUGCUCUUGAAGGCGAAAUUGUUCGCAAAUGCCUCGCUCGUAACGAACAACAGUGUUCAUUUGUUGAGCAUCGGAACUACAAAAUUGUAUACAGGCGCUAUGCAUCGCUAUUUUUCUUAGUUGGAGUUGACAAUGAAGAAAAUGAACUUGCAAUUUUGGAGUUCAUACAUCUGCUAGUUGAAACCAUGGACCGCCAUUUUGGCAAUGUGUGUGAACUAGACAUAAUGUUUCACUUGGAGAAAGCACACUUCAUGCUGGAGGAAAUGGUCAUGAAUGGGUGUAUUGUUGAGACAAGUAAGUCUAACAUUCUAGCCCCAAUACAGCUGAUGGACAAGUCCUCUUGAAAAGAUGCUGAGUCAGGUACUAGGAUUUGUUUUGAGGUCUUUCAUGAGCUUGUCAACUGUGUUAUUCCCUAUUGUACAAUCAUCUGUGAGAAUUAUACUGAAUCCUUAUUUAAUGAAAUGUGUGCUUUUUUUGGUCAAUAAAAGGUAAAUCUUCAUACUA